AAAAAUGAAUAGCCCAAUAAAUAAUUCAAAAUAAAUAUUAGCCCUAAUUUGCCGUGAGCACAGUUCACCUUCUUCUCCGUCCCCCUUUUCUUCUUCAGCAAGCUUCGAGUUAUACAGCGCGCAGAAAAUUAUUGGAAUGGCGACCGAGCAAGCAAAGCCUGCCGCAGAGGAAUUGAAACUGGAUCUAUUUGAAGACGACGACGAGUUUGAGGAGUUUGAAAUCGAUCAAGAGUGGGAUGAUAAAGAAGGCAAAGAAAUUUCUCAGCAAUGGGAAGAUGAUUGGGACGAUGAUGAUGUGAACGAUGAUUUCUCGCUGCAGCUCAGGCGGGAAUUGGAGACCAUCCCUGAGAAGAAUGAUGCUAAGUCCACAUAAAUCUCCUCUUGUUGUUAUGCAAUAUGAGUAAGAACGCUUAAAUGUUUCUUCUACAUGAUCGAUACUUUCAGCUUUAACCUACUAAUAUUUGGAGAAACUUUUUUUUCGGAUUUGUAGUAUAUUAAAAAUCGAUUCUGAAUAUGGAGUUUUUCAGGGAUGUUUGUUAAACUGCAGCUUUUUCUCGUAUGUGUUUAUUUGGCUUA